AUGAUUCUCGACGGCCGCCACUACAUUUCACGACUCUUGAUCCUCCACGAACAUAUCAAAGCCGCACAUCAGUUUAAUGAGCUCGUCCUAAAUGAACUUCGGCAAAGAUAUUCGAUCUUAAGAGCCAGAGGAACCAUCCGUAGCGUAGCAAGCGCUUGCUUGAAGUGCAAGAGAUGGAACACGAAACCUAUCCAACCUCAAAUCGGCAACUUACCACCAGAACGUCUUGAUCACCACAAAAGACCUUUCACUCACGUAGGCCUUGAUUAUUUCGGCCCGAUCCUGGUGACGUUAUAUCGACGGAGCGAGAAACGAUAUAUCGCCUUAUAUACGUGCCUCACAACCAGAGCGCUUCACCUCGAAGUCGUGAAUUCACUCACUGCAGACAGCGCUAUAAUGAGCCUCAGACGUUUCAUUGCUCGCCGAGGAUCGCCCACCACCAUAUUUUCCGACAACGGGACUAACUUCGUUGGCUCUUCUCGCGAACUGCGCUCCCUACAUGACAACUCGGUCGUAGAGUACGCCACCAAUCACAAAAUCGACUGGCGCUUCAUUCCACCGGCAUCCCCGUUCAUGGGCGGCGCAUGGGAGCGACUUGUGCGGACAGUGAAAGCAGCCCUCAGAUCUUGCCUAACAAAUCAACCACUGAAGGAAGAGGUCUUGACAACACUCCUACUCGAGGCUGAAUCGAUAGUGAAUUCCAGGCCACUUACAUACGUCCCGUCUUCCCCAGAUGCACCAGAGGCGCUAACGCCAUUCCAUUUUAUCCUCGGCUCCUCAUCAGUCGUUCCAUGGACCACGUCGCUGACAGACGCAGACCUAUCCCGACGAUGUGACUGGCGGAGAACCCUGCGCUUAGCAGAUCAGUUUUGGGCACGAUGGCUACGGGAGUACCUACCGAUGCUACGUACAAGGGGACCCAACAACAACUCGCUGAACCUUAGUGAGGGUGACGUGGUGCUAAUCGCCGAUCCUGCCCUUCCUCGUGGUUUGUGGCCACUAGGAAGGGUAGCAAAGGUCUACCUAGGACCCGACGGAGCGGUCCGCGUGGCAGACGUCCACACCAGAGGGGGCAUGCUGCGCAGACCGGCCCGGAAACUUAUCCUGAUGGAGGCCGCGCCUCAGCCAGUAGCCACCAGUGGUUAG